AUGGAGCCUUCGAACAUCAUCCAACGGGUAGUGUCUUACGCUCUGCCUGGAGCAUUUGUGCUCGCCAGCGUCAUGUGCCAUAUCCAGACAGCGAUCUUUCAUCCAGUCCUCCUAUUCAGUAAUUUCGCCCAGUACAAGGAAAAGGCCUUUGCUAGUGUUUGGGCCAUAGGUGGCGUGAUCUGCGCCAGAGACACGCCAGCAGCUCUCGGGUCGAUCCUUGCUCAGAGCAAGGGUGUCAUCCUCGACGUGGGCCCCGGCGCUGGACACCAGCUCUUCCGUUUUUCUGAGCCGGCGGCCGUCGAAGCCAUCUACGGAGCGGAGCCGGGCGUGAGCAUGCACGCCGGGUUGAAAAAGCGCGCAGCAGAAGCCGGGCUGGGGGACAAGUACCACGUGCUGAACUGCGAAGCGAAGCUGGAAUCGCUGGUCCCGGCCCUCGCAAAGGUCGGGGUUCUCGACACCCGGGCCGGGCAGGAGAACACGCCGUUCGACGAGAUCGUCUGCAUCCGGGUGCUGUGCGGGGUGCCGAACCUGGACGCCGUGACCGAGGGGCUCUACAGCGUCCUCAAACCCGGCGGCAGGAUGGUCGUCUGCGAGCACGUGGUCAACUCCGGGGACGGGGCGAAAGGCGGCACCGCGGUCGGUCGUGCACUCCAAAACUUUUACAUGUCGAUCGGCUGGAGCCCCCUCAUGGGAGGCUGCGAGCUGACCAGGGACACUCUGGCCAGCCUGCACAGAGCGGCCCGGCGAGACGGCGGCUGGGACAAAGUCCACGUGGAGCUGUGCGAUCCCUACAGCACGAUCCCGCACAUCGUGGGGACCUUGGUGAAAAGAAGGUGA